AAAUAUUUAAAAACUAACGCUAAGUCCUCACGAAGCGGGUUGCACACUCGCUUGCCGUAGUUGCGGGCCCGCAGCCUUAAUGUAGAAUACAUAUUUAUGUAAAAAAUUAAAUCGCAUUUCACGACGCGUUUUACACGGCAUGAAAUGUAAUUUGACGCGGCUAUGCGAUUGUUUGCGGAUCCCGCUGCACCGGCGGGCAUCUUGUACCGGCGGGCACGGAUGGGGUCCCACAGCCGCGGCUGAUUGCUUCCGCGUGCUCUGCGGUCGGUUGGUGGGCAUAUUAGUAUGUAGCUGCCCGUAUUUCAAUUAUCAACCGCCAAAUAUGCAUGCGAAAAUCGCAACCGCGGCGGCGUAACCGCACAAAACUCCGGUCUCGAGUUUUUAAAAUAAAACUCCAAACCGCCACCGUGGGGGCGCGGCUGCUGACCGCAUCGUGAGUUCUUAGCAUAAGGCUUUCUAAAUUCAAUAAAAUAUUAACUGUCAACUUAUAAUUCCAACAAUUUUUUGAAAUAUAUCACUCUAUCGAAGAGAAAAGUCACAAGAGCUGGGAUUACCAAAUAAUGGCUCAAGAAGAUGAUGAGGAGGAUCUAGUCUUUAACGUUGAAGAGGUUCAAAAACUAGUAAGAGAUAACAUCGAAUUAUGUUUAGGUGGGAACAUUUACAGUCAUUCUCGGGCACCUCAGUGGAUAACUGUAAUCACAGAAAGAACUUUAGCGAGACUAACAAAGCUAAAUAAGCCUUUUAAAUACAUUAUGAGAAUGACUGUCACCCAGAAGAAUGGAUGUGGUCUGCAUACGGCAGCAGCAUAUUUUUGGGAUACCGCAACAGACGGAACGUGUACGGUGCGCUGGGAAAACAAGUAUAUGUACUGUAUUGUUAAUAUUUGGGGACUUGCAUUACAAUAAUAAUAGGACUUUGACUUGA